GGCUGAAAUGGUUUCCUCGCUCCGGAGACCGGCGCCGCACCGGAGCAGAAUUAAAUCUGCCAAAUUAGCCGGGCCAUGCGGACAGCGGGGGUCUUCAUGCCCACCCGGCCAUGCCCGGCUCCGCUCCCGGCCCGCUGCAAUGUGCCUCUGAGUGAGCCCCUCGGCACUGUCGGGGCGCAGCCGGCCGGGCCCUGAGCAGCAGCCGCAGCCACCGAGGACGGACCAUGUAUCAGGGGCUGGCCCUCGCCCCCAGCCAUGGCCAGCCGGCUUACUCCCACGACUCCAGCAAUUUCCUGCACUCGUCGGCCGGCUCGCCCGUCUACGUGCCCACCACCCGGGUGCCCUCCGUGCUGCAGACGCUGCCCUACCUGCAAGGCUGCGAGCCGCACCAGAGCCACCUCGGCAACCCCCCGGGCUGGGCGCAGAGCAGCGGCGAAGCCCCUUCCUUCAACGCCGGCAGCCCCCAUCCGCCGUCGGGUUUCUCCUACCCCCACAGCCCCCCGGGCAGCAGCCCCCCGGGCCGCGACGGCGCCUACCAGGGGCCCCUGCUGCUGGCCGGCGGGGGCCGGGAGCAGUACGGCAACGCCUUGGUGCGCUCCGUCAACGGGUCCUACUCCAGCCCCUACCCCGCCUACGUGACCCCCGACAUUCCUCCUUCCUGGACGGCCGGACACUUUGAGAGCAGCGUGCUGCACAGCCUGCAGACGAGGCAGGCGGCUUUGCCCGGCCGCAGGUCCACCUUCGAGUAUCUGGAGGAGUUCCCCGGGGACGGCCGGGAGUGCGUGAACUGCGGGGCCAUGUCCACGCCGCUCUGGAGGAAAGAUGGCACCGGGCACUACCUGUGCAACGCCUGCGGGCUCUACCACAAAAUGAACGGCAUCAACCGGCCGCUCAAGCCGCAGAAGAGGCUGUCUUCAUCCAGACGUGCUGGGCUAUGUUGCACUAACUGCCACACAACCAACACCACCCUCUGGAGAAGGAACGCCGAAGGGGAGCCCGUCUGCAAUGCCUGCGGGUUGUACAUGAAGCUCCACGGGGUACCACGACCUCUGGCCAUGAAAAAGGAAAGCAUCCAGACAAGGAAAAGGAAGCCUAAAAACAUUACCAAAGGCAAAACCUCAACAGGAUCUACAACUUCGGCCACGAACUCCCCUUCUUCCAUUACGAACUCAGACAGCACGGUCACUUUAAAGUCCGAGCCCAGCACGACCUCGCAGUAUCCCGGACAAGCCAUCGUGGCGGUGUCCCAGGCACAGAGCCAGUCGGACGAAGCGUUGGCCAGUGGCCACGGCGAGUUCAAAUUCGAGCCCGAGGACUACCCCUUCUCCCCCAGCAGCAUGGCCCCGCAGCCGGGGCUGAGCGUGCCACUGCGGCAGGACUCCUGGUGCGCCCUGGCGCUCGCCUAAACCCCCUUGGGGCCACCAGCCCAGGCACCACGCAUGUGGCUCGCCCCGCCAGGAGGACACUGGCUGCCCUGGCCACCGCAGGACACGUUUCUCUCAGAGGACAUGGGUGGAAAAUGCCAGCUGGAUGAGGCACCCAGAGAGCCCUUCCUCAGCUGAAGUGACCCUGAGCAGCCUCCCCGAGGCCGCCUCCGUGUUCCCUGGGAAAGCCUUCCUCCUUUGAGAUGCAACCAGCAAAUAAAUGCAUCCCAGAAUCUAUGUUUAUUCGCAGUGAUUUCUCCCUCCUAUGACUCCUCUGUGUGCAAUUUAUUCCACUUUCCAAUAAAGACUGUAAUAACGUGGCACCAAAUAACUUAAUUUUAUUAAAAUGUAAACUGUGUGGC